AUGGAGGAAGGUGGAAUAGCAAACAACGUGGCUCGAGCCAUACUCGCUGCCCUUGACUGGAAGUCCUCUCCCGAGACUCGCAAUGUUGCCUAUUCCUACUUAGAAUCUAUAAAAGCCGGGGACGUGCAUAUCUUGGCAAAUACAUCCUUUAUUUUAGUUAAGAAAGAUUGGUCUUCUGAAAUCCGGUUGCAUGCUUUCAAAAUGCUCCAGCAUUUGGUGCGGUUGCGAUGGGACGAGUUAAGCCCUACGGAGCGAAGGAACUUUGCAAGUAUGGCUGUCGAUCUAAUGUCUGAAAUUGCAAACCCCUGCGAAGAAUGGGCUUUGAAAAGUCAGACAGCUGCUGUUGUUGCUGAGAUGGUUAGGAGAGAAGGCUUAAGUUUAUGGCAGGAACUUCUUCCAAUAAUAAUACGUUUCUCCAGCACUGGUCCUAUCCAAGCUGAGCUGGUAGCAAUGAUGCUAAGAUGGCUUCCUGAAGACAUUACUGUUCAUAAUGAAGAUUUAGAAGGUGAUAGGCGCAGGCUUUUAUUACGGGGGUUAGCUCAAUCUUUGACUGAUAUUUUGCCACUGUUAUACACUUUAUUAGAGCUACACUAUGGAGCUGCACUCACUGAAGCAAGUAGGCAACAAAUGGAUAUUGCAAAACAGCAUGCAGCAGCUGUAACAGCUACUCUCAAUGCUGUUAACGCGUAUGCUGAGUGGGCUCCUUUACCAGCUCUUGCAAAAUAUAAAAUUAUACACGGUUGUGGAUUCUUACUCAAUGCUCCUGAUUUUCGUCUUCAUGCAUGUGAGUUUUUCAAACUUGUCUCGCCGAGGAAAAGACCAAUAGAAGCCGCUUCAGACUUUGAUUCCGCAAUGUGUAAUGUUUUUCAGAUUUUAAUGAAUAUUGCAAAAGAUUUCUUGUUGAAAUCGAGCUCUGGCGCUAGUUUUGAAGAAAGUGAAUUUGAGUUCGUGGAAUACAUAUGUGAAAGUAUGGUUUCAUUGGGUUCUGCACACUUGCAAUGCUUGGCCUGUGAUAGCACAGUUCUCUCUUUUUACCUUCAACAGAUGCUCGGCUUUUUCCAACAUUCUAAGCUUGCACUUCAUUAUCAAUCUCUACUCUUUUGGCUGGCAUUGAUGCGUGACUUGCUGUUCAAAUCUAAGACUGCUGGCAUAAGAGACAACGACCUGAGCUCAGGCACAACACAAGCUCAUAGUGAAAAGAGAAAGAUAUUAGAUUUAGUAAAUGAUGAUAUCUGUAAUGCUAUGUUAGAUACAUCUUUCCAACGCAUGCUGAAGAAAGAAAAAGUUAAUCCUGGGAUGGCUCUUCAUGUCGGAACAUUGGAGUUGUGGAGUGAUGAUUUUGACAGCAAAAUAGAUUUCAGUCAAUAUCGUUCAAGGCUGUUGGAGCUGUUCCGUCUUAUUGCAUCUGAUAAGCCCCUUGUAGCUGCUGCUAAAGUUUCUGAGAGGAUCACUGAGAUUAUUAGUAGCCCUUUACUUGUUCCAAUACCUGCUAAGGAUUUAGCUGUGAUGGAAAGCUUGCAGUUGGUUCUAGAAAAUGUUGUCAGCGUAGUUUUUGAUGGUUUAAAUGAAUUUGGCAAUAGUAGCCAUGAAGUCCACCAUAUAUUAUGUCAAAUAUUUGAAGGCCUGCUUCAACGUCUUAUUUCUUUGAAAUGGACUGAACCGGCACUUGUAGAAGUUCUUGGUCACUAUUUAGAUGCAUUGGGUCCAAUUCUGAGGUACCGGCCUGAAACCGUUGGCAGUGUAAUCAAUAAACUCUUUGAGCUUUUGACCUCUCUGCCUUUUAUGGUUAAGGAUCCUUCAACUAGUACUGCUCGGCAUGCGAGAUUGCAGAUAUGUACAUCUUUCAUUCGAAUUGCAAAGACUGCCAAUGAAAGCAUUCUGCCUCACAUGAGGGGGAUUGCUGAGAAAAUGACAUAUUUGCAAAAGGAGGGCCUUUUGCUUCGGGCAGAGCAUAACCUUCUAGCUGAAGCGUGUCUUAUUAUGGCAUCUGUUGCUGGGGUUCAACAGCAACAGGAAGUUUUGGUCUGGUUGCUUGAACCUUUGCACAGGCAAUGGAUGCAGCCAGACUGGCAAGAAGCAUACUUGUCUAACCCAACCGCCUUAGUUCGCCUGUGUACUGAGACUCAAUUUAUGUGGUCUAUAUUCCACACUGUCACAUUCUUUGAGAAGGCACUAAAGAGGAGUGGUUUUAGAAAAGGCAGUAUAAGUUCACAAAGUGUUCCAAUAAAAAAUUCUCCUGCUACACAUCCAAUGGCUUCCCAUCUUUCGUGGAUGCUGCCACCUCUCCUUAGACUACUUCGUGCAAUACAUUCUCUUUGGUCUCCAACUGUGAUUCAAGCCCUCCCUGGGGAAAUAAAAGCUGCAAUGAUUAUGAGUGAUGUUGAAAGAACCAGUUUUACUGGGGAAGGAACCCUUAAACAGCCCAAGGGUGCAUUAGCUUUCACUGAUGGAUCUCGUUUUAAUAUCAGUAUGGAAGGGUAUUCGGAGCCAGCUGAAACUGACCUACGGAAUUGGUUGAAAGGAAUAAGAGAUAGUGGAUAUAGUGUUUUAGGUUUAUCAGCAACCAUUAGCGAUUCAUUUUUCGGAUGCAUAGACUCUCAUUCUGUUAGUUCAGCACUGAUGGAAAAUAUACAAUACAUGGAGUUCAGGCAUAUAAAGCAGCUUGUUCACUUGGUGCUGAUUCCCUUAGUUAAAUCCUGUCCUCCAAAUGAAAGGGAGAUGUGGCUGCAAAACCUCCUGCAUCCAUUACUUAUCCAUGCUCAGCAGGCUCUUAGCUGUUCAUGGUCUAGUCUUUUACGAGAUGGAAAAGCGACGGUUCCAGAUCUCCAUAGGAUAGAUGAUGGAUCAAACUUAAGUGUGGAAUUAAUGGAGGAGAAGCUUCUUCGGGAUUUGACUCGCGAGAUUUGUUCUCUCCUUGCUGUUCUUGCUUCUCCCGGACUUAAUGCAGGGCUUCCUUCAUUAGAGCAUGCUGGCCAAAUCAGCCGCGGGGAUGUUUCUUCUCUCAAAGGCUUGGAUACCUUUACCUCAAGCUCUGUGGUUGGAUUUACAUUGAAGAACAAAAGACUUGCGCUUCCAGCCCUGCAGAUAUGUUUGGAAUCAUUCAGUUGGCCACAUGGUGAAGCUGUGACGAAAGUUUCUUCUUUCUGUGGACUAGUAAUUCUCCUUGCAAUUUCUACUAAUGAUGUCGAGCUUAGAGAAUUUGUAUGUAAGGACCUGUUUUCUGCAAUCAUCCAAGGUUUGACACUUGAGUCAAAUGCUAUAAUAAGUGCUGAAUUAGUUGGUCUCUGUCGGGAAAUAUUCGUCUACCUGUCUGAUAGAGACCCAAAGCCCAGGGAGAUUUUGCUCUCUCUUGGCGUUAUGCCCCAAGAUCUGCUUGCUUUCGAAGAAGCUUUAACGAAGACAAGUAGUCCCAAGGAGCAAAAGCAGCACAUGAGAAGUUUAUUAGUACUGGCAGCAGGAGACAAGUUAAAAGCUCUCGCGUCUCAGAAAAGCGCGAAUGUCAUUACAAAUGUUUCAGCAAGGCCUCACAAUUCGGGUACUGCUCGUGAAACCAAUGUCGAAGAAGGAGAUUCUAUUGGUUUGGCUGCAAUUAUUUAA